AGUCUUACUGAGCUGAAGACCACUGUCAGAGGAGACAAGAAGAGAAAAACUUCAGCAGUGCAUUGUAAAACAUCACCUACUGAUGGAAGCUCGUUCAAUGGGCCGAGGCUCCAGAAUUACUAGAACAGGUUUCCGAUUGGUAGACGGCCAGUCUGAAUGUAGCUCAGAAAGGAGAAAGACAAAUGUACGAUUUUGGGAAGGUCAGGAUGUCCUGGCAAGGUGGACAGAUGGUUUGCUUUACCUUGGAAGUGUUAAAAAUGUGGAUAAACGGAAAGAAAGCUGCUUGGUGCGGUUUGAAGACAAUUCUGAAUUCUGGGUACUUUGGAAGGACAUCUACUCCCAGGCUGCUCCAGGUGUGGAAGAGAUUUGCUACUUAUGCAGAGAGGGCACAUCCGUUCUGGGCAAUAAACUCAUCCACUGUGACAAGUGUCGCCAUGCAUACCAUGAACUUUGCCACCUUCCUCCUAUCAAGUGUACCACUGACUGGCCACUGAGUGCUUGGGUAUGCCGCCAUUGCAUCUUUGCUGUGGCCACAAAGAGAGGAGGUGCACUGAAGAAGGGUCCCUAUGCUCAGGCCAUGCUAGCUAUGAAGCUGAUCUUGCCUUAUCAGCUUGCGGAUUUAGAGUGGGACUGUCUGCACCAGGCAAAUCAGCAACAAUGUUAUUGUUACUGUGGAGGACCUGGAGAAUGGUUCCUCAAGAUGCUGCAGUGCUGCUGCUGUGAACAGUGGUUUCACGAGUCAUGUACCCAGUGUCUGUCCAAACCGCUGCUGUAUGGAGACAGGUUUUAUCGGUUUCAUUGCGCUGUUUGCAAUCAGGGACCAGAGACUGUUGAAAGACUUCACCUGCAGUGGGUGGAUGUUGCCCAUCUUAUUCUUUACCAUCUAAGCAUGUGCUGCAAGAAAAAAUAUUUUGACUUUGAGCGUGAAAUUCUGGCCUUCCUUAACGAGAACUGGGAUAAUCUGCUUCUGGGACCACUUUCAGAUACACCAAAGUCAGAACGGUAUGACCUGCUGCUGGACGUUUUAAAUAGACGAGUAGACAGAUUUGUGUCUGGUAAGGAGAUUAAGAAGAAAAAGUGUUUGUUUGGUCUUCUGGAUAGAGCUCCCGCCCCUUUGCCACCAAACAGUAUUUUACGGAAUCAUGCAUUGCAGAUGUUAACCAGCCCAAGAGCAGGUCUUUCUUUUAGUGGAGAGAAAAGGUGCAUUCCGGUGCUGAAUGACAGCUCACAGCUCAGAAAGUUGAAGAAAUACAAGAGAAGGAUGUCUCGAGAAAUAAAGGAGCAAAGGACCAAGAAAACUCGAACGAUGCUGAAGAGAGUCAUCAGACAGGAUGCAGUUCAAAAUCCAUCCAGUCACAACCAGAGACAGCGUGGCUAUGCUGAUAGUACCAGCGUAUACAAUUUUCGUAAGACAGAUGCCCGUUGCACAGAGAGUUCGCCAAAGAAGAUGUUUGCUUCUUUCCAUCCAACUGCAAGCACGGCUGGCCACCUGAAAACUGCUUCAUGUCAUCAUCCAUCACUUCCUCAGUUCAGUGAUACCUCUGCAGAUUCCAAUGGCAGCACUACAGCCUGUGAACCUUUUCUUGACACACUUACCACAGAGUUAAGUGAGCAUUUGCCAGGCGCCAAGGAUACUGGGACAUCAGUGUUGCAGGUCAGCACUACAUCAAAGAAGCGCAGUCGCCAGAGCAUUAGGGGAAGGAUCUCUCAACGACAAGCACGUCCUAGUUCCAGCCAUUACUUUGGAACACUGGGCUGCCUGGCACAAGGUCAGCCUGUGCGAAUCCUUGCCCGACGCAUCACAGUGGAAGGAACAGUGCAGUACUUGGUAGAAUGGGAAGGGAGCACUAUAUUCUGAGGCUGGAGAGGUUACAGCAGCUGAGAGUUGCUGCCUAUGAGGGGAAUACAUGUGAGAGCUGUGAAACCUUUAAAAAUGCAACACACAAGGGCUUGUAAUUCCUGGUGACAGCUGCAGAGGGCACGUUUACUAGAGUACUCACUGCUCCAAAAGAAAGAACAGUGAGAGAAUAUCCAGCAAGCAAACUGAGCAGGACAAUCGUCUUGGCUGACCAGUAUGUCUUAAGUUAACUUUCCCUCAGCACAGCACAGGUGAUAAGAUUUAUGCAGUGCAUUUAACAGAAACUGUGAAUGUUACAGAAGUAAAAACCAAAGCUGGAUUGUCUACUGCUUACAUUAAAGGAAGCUGUGACAAUAUUUCUUUUCACCAAUUUUUUUUUUAAUUGUUCUUCAUACUUAACUGUUUUCAGAGCCAUAUUUGAUAUCUGCCACAGCCUUCAUAUGACUCCUAUAUUGCUGUGCAUCCCUUAGUUUAUAGUUUCUUUUUGACCUCUCAAAUAAUCAUAGACAUUUUUUUCUUGCAUUUAAGCAAGAAAGAUCUUGGUAACAAAGCAAGCACAGAUUGUAUGUAUGCAUGAUUAGAAUGCAUACUAGACUGAAUGGACAAAGAGAUGUAGGUGUUUUGUUGAUCAGAAUGCUGCUUAUGUGCUAGAAUGUAUCUUGUUAUAAUUGGACAAAACACACAGGGGUAAUCCUGCCAGAUGCAGCUACCACUAAAUGUAUACAUAGAACUCUUGUUGCUGUGCAAUUGAGCAGUCAGUCUUGUUCAUUAAUGUUGCUUUGUGUAUUUUGUUGUGUUAUGUUCAUGCUGAAAGUUGUCCCUUAGCUGCCAAAUAGCUUGCUUUACCAAAUUCACAAAGAGGAGGUGACUGAGAAUAGGGAUGAUGAUUAGUAUGGCAGGAAGAUUUGGUGAACUUUGACAAUUUUCACUCUAUUAUAUCUGCCAAACACACUAAGUCCUGGAAGUGUACAGUACCCUAGCUAGACUUUUACAAAAUAUUAUUGGGUCAUUUAUUAUUGAGCAGGAUGCUGUAGAUUGUGCCUAUUACCUUGAAACUGUACACAAUUACAAACUUAACUGGUUUAAGCAUUGCAGGAAAUAGUGGCUAUUACAAGUGUCAUCAUGAGUGUUUAUAAUUCUAAAUCAUGCAUCUAUAGUAACUAGAGCUAUUUGUUUAAUCCCCUUUUAAAUAUGUGGUGGUGGGGGUAAGGUUAUGUUUGCAACCAUCUUAAUUUUAAAAUUUUUCUUUACAUUCUUGUCACAUUUAACCACAUCAGUGGGGUGUGGGCCACUGGAUCCUUUUCAGCUUUAAUCCACAUUAUCUUUGUGAGAUUUUUAAUAAUCUUGCAUCUCUAAGUACUCAAAAUGUGCAAAAUCUGUUGGUAGGUGGACUUGGUUAUAGUUUUAAUUGAGGCAUGUUGGCAUAAUAGCUCUGGGCAUCAGUUUUCAUACAUGCUAAAGGAAAAUCUACAAGUGAAAAGAUGUUUGAUUCAAGACACUUGACAUUUCUAGAAUGAAGAAAGGUGUUUGGUAGAAAAGGGACAGUACAGCUCAGGAUAUUUGCCUUGCCUGCACUUUGUUAUGUCACAUUAUUGGUAAGAAUUACAUGAAUGUUUUUUGCACAAAUUUCAAAAGGGUGUGAAGUAACUGCACUUGCUCAGUAUGCUACAUGUGAUACAAUGCAUUUAUCCUAUUCUAUGGGGGAAUCUGUCCUAUAAUUACUUACUUAGUGUAAAAAGACAUUGUACUUGAUUACUGGGAGCAAAGAUAACACAUAUGCAGAAAUUGUAAAACUAUUUUUUGGGAAUCAGAAGAUUAAAAGACAACCCUUGGAAAGAAAGAAAAGUAUCAAAUUAGUCCAAGGUAGAAACCACUGACUCACCUUCUGUCUACUCACCCUCCUUAGCAAACUACAUACAGAACAUCCCAUAGGUAUCUUUAAUUAGAAGACCUUUUUAAAUGAAUCAAAAACAUGCUUCCUUCCUUACAAAGGUCACAUAUUUGUGCAGGCCACCUUACCCAUUUUGAAAGCUGCAGUUAACUUUGUACCAGUACUCCCACUUAUGAAUCUGAUGUCAUAUUUCAUGUACAGUGGAUUGAAGUUGCCCAUGAAAGUAGGAUGUACAUUUCGCCUCAUCUGAGGUGUUAAGAAUUUUUAUUAUAAAAAUUAUUUUUCUAAUAAUAUACUUGUUUGCCUGUAAAUAAGAUUCAAUAAAUAUGCUGCUACGUAGUUUGCUUAUAUAUAAAGGUGAAGAGCUUCAGUUGUUUUGUAAAGUAACUGCUUAUGCAAAUAUCAGUAUUUGUACUAGGUAAUCAUAUUUAAUGUGUUCCAUCAUAAGCAUUAAUAGAAGCUGAUAACAUUAUGGUACAGCAGUAGUAGUAUGCUGCCACAUUAAUCUUGCUGGAGUGCCCACCUGUCAAACCCAGUGAGCAAUGGUCAGAAUGUUAACAUUCCUUCAGUUUAGUAUUUCUAGAUAUCCAGUGGCCUGUUUUUUUUUUUCAGUCUUUUGGUUGCAUUAACAUGUUUUGCUACAACAGCAGAUAAGAGGAUAUAAUAUAAUUUUAAAAUACACUGAAUGCAACUCUCUUUUGCCAAUUGCCUUGUCAAUAUAUUUACUUAUUCCAACAAAAUCAUGUUGUGUGAGGUAAAUGGCUGAGGCAUGACUUUUAAUCUUACUGUAUUGUUUAGUAAAAUGUGCAUAAUACUAACAUCUUGACAUGGUAACAUUGUUUUUGUCACGCUGCCUCUACUGAUAAAGGAUUAGGCUUUAAAAGAUUAAACUUUUGUAUCACUGACAAAUUUGAGACAGGAUGUAAUCAUUCCUGAUUUGAAAACAAAGCUGUAUUUACCCCAAACCUGUAAGGAAUACAAGUUAUUUGAAUUAACUAUUCCAAAUGAUUAAAAAAAAAAGUCCUGGUACUUG